GUUUGGUGAUGUCUGUGGCUUUAAACCCCUCCCCCUUUUCCUCUCGGCGGCACUAAUCACCCCCCAUACCGAAACGCGCAUCAUAGCUGCUGAUGUGGAAUUUCCCCCUGGUUUGAUGCCGUUUAAAAAGCUCCGCACCGAAGCCCCUGGACCGAGGCAGCAGCAGCAGCGAGCACAAGGAUGUAGCGCGCUGUGCAGACAAAAGGACAAUAACAGAGGGCAGGAGUUGCAUGUGUUGUAAAUGGGAAACCUGGUGGGCAGCUGGCGUUUCAAGGAGCCGAGCACCGUGGAGGAAUGCGACUCGACGUGGGGUUCGGACUCGGAGAGCGACGAGCCGGCGGCUGAAGAUGACAGCGGCAUUUCGGACUCCCUCAGCCCGGCGGAGAGCGAGCGGGCCGCGGGACACAGCGGGGACGCUGCCCUGCAGCUGACUGACUCCCCAGAGUCUGCUCCUAAGAUGAAGAGGAGUUUUUACGCCGCCAGGGACCUGUACAAAUACCGUCACAGCUACCCGAACUACAGAAAGUCCCGGCAGCCCAACGAGUAUCGGAACCUGCGCUUCUACAUGAACAAGAUCCCGCUGGUGCCCGACGGUAUCUACGUCGAGGAGAUUCUCUCAAAGUGGAGGGGCGACUAUGACAAACUGGAGCACAAUCACACCUACAUUCAGUGGCUGUUCCCAUUGAGAGAACAAGGGCUCAACUUCUACGCACACGAACUGACUCAGGACGAGAUCAAAGAAUUCCAAAGCACCCGGGAAGCGAAGCGGAGGUUCUUGGCGGCCUACUCCAUGAUGUUGGAUUUUUAUGGCGUCAAACUGCUGGAUAAGAGCGGCAACGUCGCCCGGGCCCCCAACUGGCAGGAGCGCUUCCAGCACCUUAACGAAUCCCACCACAACUACCUGAGGAUCACUCGCAUCCUGAAGUCCCUGGGCGAGCUUGGCUACGAGGCUUUCAAGGCCCCGCUGGUCCGCCUCUUCCUGGAAGAGUCUCUGUGCAGCGGCACCCUUCCCAACAUGCAGCACAGCGUGCUGGAGUACUUCGUCUACACCAUCCGCCUGCCGGCCACGCGCCGACGCCUGCUCCGUUUCGCCCGCAAGCACUACAGGCCCGCCCACGCCUUCCUCUGGGGACCGCCGCCUAAGAAGGGAGCCGGCGGCGGCGGCGGCGGAGUCGGUGCUGGCAGCAGCGGCAUCCGAGCUCCGGCUCCAACACCGGAGCAGCACAGGAGGGUGGAGGAGAGCGCCGGCGCUGCAAGUAGCAGGAUCAAUGUGUCUUCCCACGAUGCCAUAAUGUGCCAGGAACUGGUUGGAGGAGGGAUAAAGGGCUUCCCAGACCUUGGCUCUUAUGAGGUCGGAGUGCAAGGGCCGCUGAUGCUCGCUAGUGGGAGAAGAGAGAGGAGUGAGUACAGCUAGGCUCAUUCCCUUUGAGAAAUGGUAUAUAUAUAUAUAUAUAUAUAUAUAUAUAUAUAUAUAUAUAUAUAUAUAUAUAUAUAUAUAUAUAUAUAUAUAUAUAUAUAUAUAUAUACACACACAGGACACUCAAACCCAGGAAGACAUCAAUGCAACAUAAUUAAACUUCUAAACACAGGAUUAGAAUCAGUUCAGGUUAAGGGCUUAGAAAUUCAGAUUUCAUAGUUGUAGACUUUCCAAACCAGUGGAGACAAGAAUAUAGAUACUUUAGUCUAAUGGGAAUUCACUUUGGGGGGGUGAAAAACCUGGGCAGAUGUUUGCCUUACCUAAUCAUUUACUCUGAAGCUGAAAUAGGAAGGCAGUAUUAUUAAAUAGAGAACAAAAAUCGUUUUGUUUGCGCCGUCUGUAUCCUGUUAAAAGACGAGUCACCGGUAAGCAAUACUUUGAAACCAUUUUUUUUUUUAGAUUGACCUAAAAAGCCUCAUGUAUGUGCUACUAGCAGACACAACUCUGUGAUUUUUACUGUUUUAUUAGCUGAAGAGCAAAAAAUAAACGCGUUUUCUCUCCUUCUGGGAAAACAAAAGGGAUUGAAAGGCGACGCACGCCGUCACGUUGAAAAAGAACGCACGCCCUGCUUAAGGCCUAGGGUUGGUCUUUAUCAGGUUAUAAAAUCAUUUCAAUCAAACUUCAAGUGUGUGAGCACAUAAUUUAAUGUACGAAAAGAAUCUCUGACUUAAAACCCAGUUUAUAUAUAGUUUGCCUCUCAGGAUUCAAGAAUCAUUUUGAUACAAUAAGAAUUUGCACCGGCCUCCGUGCUUUAUCGUCACCCCUGGUACAGAGGAGUAAAACCUGGAUAAAUGUUUUUUUUUUAAUUUUUUAUUGAAGCAGCAUAAUACCACACUUUAAAAUAUAGAAUAAAAUACCUAAGCUCUAUUUAUCUAUAUAGGAGUCGGUGGGGAUGCCAAUAUCUGUAGUACCAGAAAUGUAUUCAUAUUAAAGAUUGGAUUGUUUUCACUUUAGUAAUAUCAGAUUGUGCUCGUGCAAUCAAGAUGAGAGAAUUUAAACCGCUUUUUGUUUUUACACGUCUCUAUCAGGGGUGAGGAUAGCUGGAGGAUUUUAGUGCAAUUCUUUCUCUUUAGGGGACCCAUGUGAUUGGCCACAGCAGAAAGUCUUAAUUACCACCGCCGCCACAGGUUGUAAUGUCAUCUAUGAAAACAAAAGUAAUUGUGACUGAACACGUGUUUUAACGUUUUUUGACAAUCUGUGUCUUCCUGAGUCGAUACGCUAUGGGUUUCUCUGAACUGCUGCACAAACAUCAAUAAGACGCCUGAUCAGCUUGUGUAGCCUUCGCCAUAAUAGACCUUAGUGUGGAAACGUGAAGUCCAACCUCAUGCGUGGUCUUUAGCCUGUGAAUUAGACUCUGAGCUGCUCUUUAAAGCCUCGUGUGUAGGGCUGCAGAUGCUCAUUUUGCUCAGAUAAAUUAGGAUUUUAAUUAAAAAUAAUAAUCUUGCACAACUGCUCUCAUUAUUUAACCCAGUAAGUGGACGUAGCGCGUAGAGUCCUGCAGUGAAAGCCUCUCAUAUGUUAAGAUUGUUUGCCUUUGAGGCAAGUUUAACGCAAUUUGUUUAAAUUUCUCUGCUUGCGAUAGUUAGGAAUCUGUAAAAUCAAAAGCCAUGCAAGAUGUGAAACAGGAUUUUUUUUUUUUUGGGGGGGGGGGGGGGGGGGUGAUGAUAACCAGUUCUUCCUGACUUAAUCAGAUUUUCUUCCUGUAGGGACAGCUGGCAAGGUUUUAACAUCACUCUUCAGCCAAGUGUAUCUGCUAUAAUUGUAAAAGUUACCUUUUCAGGUAGAUUGUAUGAUAACAUGGACUCAAGUAUGUUGAAUUUUUGUGAAAUGAACAUUUAAACAUACAGUACUGCGGUUGUGUGUGUGUGUGCGUGUGUAUGUGUGUAUGUGUGCAGGUUUCUCUAAUAUUAAGUGCCUCUUUUGUAUGUCUUACUUAUACCUGUAUGCUAUAAGUACCGUCUACACCGACUUCUUGUACAUCCUGAUUUUUGUACAGCAUUUUGAUAUUUAAGUUAUUGUUCGCUUUGUAAUCAUAUAUCCUAUGGUUAAUAAUGUACAGCAGGAACAAACCCUGAAGAAUCACUGUAGAGGACAAGUUAUUCCGAAUAUUUGUAUCUGGCUUCUGCAAUAAAAUGUGAUUGUUCUACUGAA